AUGGGCAACUCCAACUCGGCCCCCGACUCAACCGACGUCGACGGCGGCAAAAAGAGCCUCUAUCGGCGCUACGAAGACAAGAAGCGCGGCGCCGGCCCGACCGACGAGGACAUCCUCAAGUACACGGGCAAGACGCGCGACGAGCUCAACGCCUGGGCCGAGAACCAGCCCGGCGUUGGAAAGAAUCAGGCUGCCGGCAAGCUCACCGUGGGAGCGUCAUCUGGAUUCGCCGGGGCUGCAGCGGCAGGGGGGCUUGGUGGCUGGGGAGCAGAGGGCACUAGGAAGAUGAAGUUUCCGGCCAAGCAGGAGCCGGUCAAGACUGUUGAUGAUUCGGACGAGGAGUAG